CAGAAUCACUCGCGCUUUAAUUACAAUUACAAAUUGUCCGAUUACAAUGACAGUGAUCAACUUAAUUCCGAGGUAACAUAAAUAAAAUAAGUUUAUUUUGAAUUGACCUCGCGAGUUUAUUGGUUAUGGAUACGGGGGAUCAGCUUCCGCGUGAGAAUCCAAACAAUAUACGUCAUCAACAGUCGACAGUCCGAUGCGACUCACGCCAGCGCAUGCCAUCUGUAUUUUUGUUUUAAAAACGCCCACUGUAUUUGUGACAUAUUAUAUGAUUUAUUUAAAAACGUAACCAAGUACUAAACCGAUAGAGACGAGUGUCACAUGGAAACCACAGCGUCGUCUCUGUCUUUGUUUUGUUCGUGACAUUGUCCGAAAUCUCGUCUCUGGGAGCUUUAUAAGAUGGUUAAAUUACACGACAGCUACAAAAGGCUUUUGCAAAUAUAUACAUUGUCCUCAAACAUUAUAGGCACACCACGUGUGGCUAGCAGAUUUGUUUCUGCACCUCAAAAUAGACAUGAAAUCCGCUUCAAGACUUCAGGAGUUGGUGAACGAGCUCUGCAGGAGAGACAGAGGCAGCACAUGGCACGAGGUUUGCCAAAACAGAAGCCCAUAGCUGGAGUCAAAGAGGUCCUUGUUGUUGCAUCGGGGAAAGGAGGGGUGGGAAAGUCCACAACAGCAGUGAAUCUUGCUCUUGGACUUAUGGCUAACGAUCAGAGUAAAUCAGUGGGUCUUCUAGAUGCUGAUGUAUAUGGCCCCUCCAUUCCAAAGUUAAUGAACCUAAAAGGAAACCCCGAAUUAACAGACAAGAACUUAAUGAGGCCACUUGUGAAUUUUGGAAUUCCUUGUAUGUCAAUGGGCUUUCUGGUUGAAGAGGUUGCACCUAUUGUGUGGAGGGGUCUGAUGGUGAUGUCAGCUAUUGAGAAACUCAUUAGACAGGUAGAUUGGGGGAAUCUAGAUUACCUUGUGAUUGAUAUGCCUCCUGGAACUGGAGAUGUCCAAUUGUCUAUUACCCAGAAUAUUCCUAUAGCAGGUGCUGUAAUUGUGUCUACGCCUCAAGACAUCGCCUUGCUAGAUGCACGAAGAGGUGCCGAGAUGUUCAGAAAGGUUAACGUUCCGGUUCUGGGUCUGGUUCAGAACAUGAGUGUUUUCCAGUGUCCCAAGUGCAAUCAUCAAACACACAUUUUUGGCUCAGAUGGGGCUAAAGAGCUGGCUCAGACCCUUGGUGUUGAGAUGCUUGGAGACAUUCCUCUUCAUCUCAACAUAAGAGAAACAUCGGACAAGGGGCAGCCCGUGGUUGUGUCAUCCCCUGAUAGUCCAGAAGCCGAGGCUUACAGAAGAGUUGCAGCAGCAGUAGUACGCCGACUUCAUUUACUGACAUACAGUUCAUGUUAUUUAUAGAUGAUUAAAAACAACAAUAAUUUUGGCAACAAGUAAGCUUUCAUUAUAAUGAAAAUAAGAACUCAUUGCAAUUAUGAGCAUAUUAUAAUAAUGUCCAUUUCCAUGUACAAAUCUCAGAUGUGGAUAUUUUCCCACCAGAACAGACUGACACGGUUUUUUAAAUAAAAGGAAAUGGCUAAAAGGAAAGGUUUUUGGCAGCUCCGGUUAAUGUGAUUGAUUUCACUUUUCACUUCCAUGAAGAUGUUCAUUACAGAUCUUGACCACUUGAUGGCAGUGUAUAUGUUUUUCAUACAUCUGAUUGUACUUUGUGUGAUUUAAUUAGGUCUUUCACUUAAACGAUGACAAAUUUUCCUCCUUUGACAGUAACAUGAUUGAAGUCUUCUGUUACUUGAUUACAUUUAAUAAAGAUAAACGGUCCAGGUCCAAUAGGAAAAGUGGGAUGAGAAAAACAGGGUCGCUUCCUGCAUAUUUUCACAGCUCCCUUGACUCAGCUGAAACAGCCGUAUUCAGUCCAGCCCUGUGUAACACUGGCCAGACAGACCAGUCUGUGAUUCAUCACAGCAAUGAAGCUUUUUUGCUUUCUUUUACUCUCAAUUGCUUAACUGUUCCCAGAAGACCGACCCAGGGGUUUCAGCUGUACACUGACCUCAGUUGAAUUUGGACAGUUUCACAUUUGGUGUUUUUUAUUUUCUCUUUGUUUUCAAGAUAAAGAAAG